AUGCUUAGCGGAUCAAAACAAUCUUCUAGUAAUGAUAAUGAUAACAAACAACAAAUAAUAUUAGCUGCUCGUCGUUUAAAAAAAAUUGGUCGAUUUAAAUGUGAUAUGCUUGAAUUAAGUAUAGCAGUUGGCGAAGAAAAAGUACGAUAUUGGCAUAAAAUAGCUAAAAAAGAAAAAAAGAAAUUAAAAACUAUUACCAAUAAAUUAAAGAAAAAUAAUUCUGAUUCAGAUAUAUUUAAACAAUUAAUGGCAGCUAUUGAAGCAUGUGAAAAACAUAUGAUCGAACGUGCUGAUUAUAUUACACAACAAAAAUGA